GAUGGCGUCGGUUGCGGAUUGUAUAAGCACCGUAGCGGCAACUAUUUUAGGCGCUUUUAUGAGACAGCGCCGACGGACCGAUUAUAAUAUAGUAAAUGGUGAGAACGGUCCAGCUAGAACAGUAGGUCGACGUAAAUCAGUUGCUGCCGAACGCUAUGACCCCGAAACUGAUACGGAUGAGACGCCUUUGACAGUCUAUCCAAAAACUGAUUCUCAACGACAACGUCUUAAGGCGACGCUUCAAAACUGCUUCUACUUCAGACAUUUAGAUACAGAGCAAAUGGAACAGCUUAUUGAUGCUAUGUUUGAAAAGGUUGUCGAAGGUCCCGAAGAAGUUAUAAUUAAAGAGGAUGACGACGGCGACUAUAUGUAUGUUGUGGAAAAGGGGGUCUUUGCUGCUUUUCGGUUAAGUGAAGAGAAUGGUGAAUUUAAAGAAACAGAACCUCCAAAGAUUUAUGAUAAUGAAGGUUUUUUUGGAGAAUUAGCCUUGAUGUAUAAUACUCCCAGGGCAGUUUGUAUUCUAUCAAAAACCGCUGGCAAGCUAUGGGCUAUGGACAGACAAACAUUUAGAAGGAUAGUUAUCAAAUCUACUCAUUUAAAAUUAAAGCAGUAUGAAGAUCUUCUGCAAAAGGUUCCUCUCUUCCAGGAAUUGACGCUUUAUGAACGAAAUAACGUGGCUUACGCAUUACAAAGUAAAGAUUAUUUAGAUGGUGAAGUGAUUAUAAAACAGGAUGAUGAGGCGGAUUCUAUGUACUUCGUUGAAAAGGGCGCCGUCAGGUGCCUGGUUAAGCAGGCUCAUCAAGCGGAACAGAAAGAAGUUAGCAGGGUGCAACCGGGAGGCUAUUUUGGAGAAUUAGCUCUUAUCACUGACCAACCUCGAGCAGCAACGGUCAUCGCAGUCGGAUCGACUAGGGUGGCAAAAUUACCAAGAGACGAUUUUACGCGGUUAUUGGGACCCUGCAAGGAUAUUAUGAAGAGAAAUGCAGCAGCCUAUGAAGAGCAAUUAGCUAAAGUGUUCGGUUCGAAGAACAAUGUUACGGAUUUACUUUAA